ACUCAACUAUAGAAGAAGAAGCAAAGCCAACCUAGAAGCAGACGACGGAGAACUAUCAUGGACCCGAACACGACCAUUCUGCGAGUGAAAAGAAAAAGGGGGACAGACCCCGCAGAUGCUUUGUUGCUGGCGUGUAAGCGUAUCCGGCCCGAAUCGACCCAGAACUCUGGGGAAACGGCGCCAGAGCCCAGCGAAGCCGAGGUGGAGAACUCUGUGUUCAAACUCGUGGCGACCGUAGCGACACAGGAUGCUCCAGUCCAGACACAGGUCCGGCAGGCUCUUGCUCGGCCCCGCACCGCCCACGCUCUACGCCCUUCUGCUGCUAGCUCACAGCGGAUAAUCGGGGACUUGCGGAGCACCAAGUGGAGCGCACGGAGGGAGGAACGCUACAGAAUACUGUCGAGUCACCGUACGGGGCUGUCGAGGCCGACUGAGCGGGAGACCCCCCCAACAGAUUCUUCAGAGGCUGUAGAUGAUGGCAGGACGGAUAAAUGUUGGGGUCUUAGUGAAAUCCAGGUGGUAGAUCUUGUCCAUGAGGACGUGGAGGUCCCACAGAAGCCACUAAGGAAGAUGGUACCUUCAGACCCUGAAAUGAUUCUGUGUAACAACACCAAGAUGCUGCGUGAGCGGCUGGACAUAUCUGGAGAGAAGCUGGGGACGGCGCACCGGGAGCAGGAUGACGACUACGUCUACGACCUUUACUACCAGGAAACGGUCACACCAGGCUGGAUCCAGGACAUCCUGUCUGUCAGGGCCUAUGCUGACGAGGCAGAACUGGUUCCGGAUCUGGUGGUCCAUGAAGAGGAAGUCUAUGAUGACGAAGAUGAUGAAAAUGAAGAAAGCAACUGGAGGAAUGACUACCCUGAUGAGGACAGUGAUUCAGACGGUGACAAAGAGGAGCGCUACGGAGUUUACUGGGAGGAAGAACACUCCUACUGCAGGAGGAGCUGGCAACAAUACCAGAAGGAUGCGUUGCAUGAGCUGGGCUGCAGCGGUGAAGACGAUGAUGCAGAGAAAUAUGAUUCUGACUGAUCAGCUUCUUGCUGCUCCCCCCCUCGCUCAGCGAAACUCUUCAAUCCCCUUUCCUCAAGGACAUCUCACUCCACGAGCUUCUGUGUAGCCGAGACCAGAGAAGAAAAACAUAACCCUAACAGGACCACUGCCUGUUCAGCACUCCCCUGAUUUUGGACUCAUGUGGCGUGCCAAAGUAUUGCGAUGUUAGUCAUGAAGCUUCCAGAAAGCUAACUGUUCAGAGUUCAGCCAGUCGCUCCAUCUCUCUGCUACACAGAGGCUCACAGAGAGUAGGUGUUAUCUCCAGAAGGAACGAGAGAGCCUGUCUUUAUUUUGAAGCUGUUAGAGUGAACUUAUAUGUGGGUGUUUGUUCCAAGUGGAUGUAGAAUCGUUGCACAUUAGUGUGGUAUGCCUCGUACGCUUCGUGCUGUUCAAUACUUCUGUUGGUGAGUCGUUGUGUGUGUGUGUGUGUGGUUGCAGUUUAGAGUGUUUGCAUUUCGUGCAUGGUAGUGCGUACGUAAACCUAGCUGUCUUACUUUCUGCAUAACGUGAAAGGCUGGUGAGGUAUUUUCUGUUGCGGAUGUGCGAGUUGGGUUCAGAAAAAUCCAGUUCGUGGUUUGGAUCGUUUCUUGAAUGCUUGUUGAAUUAAAGUUUCUGUAAAUAUGUAGAUGUGUAAACAAAGAAAGCUUUCAAAAUAAA